AUGCCUAAGAAAUUUAAAGGGGUAAAUACAAAAGCUGAAGAAGCUAGGUCACGUAAAGAGGCAGCAAAAGCAGCUGAAAGGGAGCGGAAGGAGAAGGAAGAAGAGGAUAAAUAUUGGGAAGAUACCGACAAACAUGUUAUGAGAAAACAGCAAAGAAAGGUUAGUUUGUUGUCAGCUGUGUUUUGACAUGUUACCUGUCUGAAGAAAAUCUAGAGGACACGUCUUGCCUUCUUCUUGUUUCGGGAGACACGUAACAUUAAGACUUAGAAUAGCCUGCCGGUCAUAACAGAAGCUUAAAUUUGAGCUCAAGCAGAUAAAUUACUGAAGAUUAAAAAGUAAAAACGAAAAAAGGGCUUUGACAAUUCUAGUCGUUAGUAAUUAUACGUAGAUUUUACCCGUGCCAAAUUCAAUUAAAUUACAGCUGUAUCACAAAGUUAAACUCAUGUAUACAGGUAUUUCGAGAAAGGUUGUCGGAAAAAAUGUGUACGCGACAAUCCCGAAAGGUAAUAUGGGAUAUGAUCAAUACUAUUGUUUCUUUCCUUUAGCAAUUACAAACGUAAGUCCAUGGCCUCUAGUGCCAUUCUUGCAAAUUUCUUUGAAGAACAGUGAACUCAAAACCACCCACAAUACCUUUCGGCAUUGUCGCGUGCACUUUUUCCGACAUCCUUUCUUGAAAUAGCUGUAUGACAGUUGCCUUUUAGGUAUACUGGCUGGAAGCCAAGAACAAGUGAUUUUAAACUAGAUGUAGUAAAUUUAUGUAUGUUUUUGCUUUUUUUCACCAGGAGGAUAAAGAGCGUAAACGUCUUGAUGCAACACAACGCAAAGCUGCCAAUCAGGAAGCUCUCAAGGCAGAGGAGAGUGAAUUAAAGUCAAAAGCUAGCAGUAUUCCUACAAAGGUGACAGUGGCUUCUAUACAAGCUGAACGUGAAAGGAAGGCAGCACAAGCUGCUGCAGCUGCUGCUAAAAGCCAAAAAGAAGAGGAAGAGAAAGAAGACCUAUUGGAUGAAAAUCCUAACCAGAUGGUAGCUGCAUUGAUGGCAGCAGAAGGUGCUGUAGAAGCACGCUCUGUGGAAGAUGCUAUAGCUGUGUUAAAAGUUGCUGAAACACCUGUGGAUAAACACCCAGAAAAGAGAAUGAAAGCUGCUUAUAAUGCGUAUGAAGAGCGUGAACUUCCUCUGCUUAAAGAAGAAAAUCCUAACUUACGGUUAUCACAACUGAAACAAUUACUCAAAAAAGAAUGGAUGAAAUCCCCAGAAAACCCCAUGAACAUGGUAUAUGCAAAAAAGAAAUAG